AUGACAGACGCAAAGAGGAAGCAGUCGGGUGGUGGCGGUGGCCAUCCCGCGAAGAGAAGCAAGGGUGGACAAGGCUCCGGUAAAUGGCAGACGCCGCAACAUAAGGCAAAGGUCGCCAGUCUUCAAGAUAAGGGCGUAGCCCUUGGAGUCGGAGACAAGGGUAUCUGGGUCACCUUUGCCAGAGGCAUGGAUGGAAAGUCCAUUAGCGAAUUCAGCGCACUUUGCGACGAGUACGCCAAGACACUCUACGGCAUCGUACCUCCAGGGGAAGAAGUCGAAUCAGAUGAAGAAGACGAGGACAUCGAGGCCUCUAUCAAGAAGGAGCUCGAUGGUAUCAGCGACGUCAACAAAGGCAAGACUAAGCGUACCUUCAAGGCCAUCAAGGCUGGCAUCGAGUGUGUCUUCUUCAUGAAGACAAGAGACCCCGUCGACCCCUUGGAGCUUUGCCGUAAGAUGUGCCUAGACGCCAGCGUCUGCACUGAUCUCAAGGAGCGAAAGACCAAGUACAUUAACCGACUGACGCCAGUCACCUCUGUGGACAAGGCAUCCGAGAACGGUGUGGCGCGAGCAGCGAGAAAGGCUCUGGCUGCGCAUUUUGAUCUCGUAGAGGAGACAUCCCAGGCCGCAGAAGGCGAUGCCGAGAAGGUUGAGGGUAAAAGUGACGCACAGUACGCUAUCCGACCUUCCAUACGCAGCAACAACUCGCUUGAUCGCGACACGCUCAUUAAGCAAAUCGCCAGCGUCGUCAGCCCGCGGCACAAGGUCGAUCUCACCAACGCCGACAAGGUUAUACUUGUUGAUGUUUUCCAGAGUUUCUGCGGCAUGAGUGUUAUUGAGCGCAGUGACUGGGAUGAUUUGAAGAAGCUCAACGUCAACGAACUGUACAAGGCGUCUCCUGGAGCAAAGGCAAAUCGCCCGGCACCAAAGGAGGGUGAAGACAAGACAGCGUGA